AAUUGCAUAGGAAUGUCGGAAUACGACAGUUGUGGUGGUUAUUAUAUAGAUUGGUGUGGUAUUUCUCAAAUCAAAACUUGGCACAUAAAAGUUUUUUUUGAAACUAGAACUAGAAUACACUGCACUAGAAUCUUAACUUCUUUCCGGAAACAUUUAUCACGUGACCUUUGUCUCGAGAAUUUUCCAUUGCUGACUGUGGCCCUCUCGCAACCACCAAAGGAACAUUUUAACUUGAUCAACGUUUGAACCUUUGUACGAAGUAAACAGUAAAGAUACAGUAAAAUGUAAUUAGUCUAGAAUUAUUUUAGAAAACGUUUUUGGGGGAUCUGUGGAGUUGGGCAAGCUAAUGUUAGACUAGCUACCCAGCUAUCCUAACUGUUGACAACCUUUUCUAGCCAACGUUAGAGCUAACUAGCUAUCCACGAACCUAGAUAGUGCUGCUAGGCUGGCUAAUUGUUUAAAACGAAGGACAUUUUAUGCAUGUUUAAUAGCAUAAACUAGCUUAAAACAGCUACUGUAGCUCAGCUUUUCCAAACAUUUCCUCGGUUAGUUAGCAAGGGACGACGAAGAAACCCAAACAUGGCUUUGGCUGAUGAUUUGAAGAGAUACCUGUACAAACAGUUACCAAGUGUUGAAGGUCUUCAUGCAAUAGUGGUGACAGACAGGGACGGUGUCCCAGUUAUUAAAGUUGCAAAUGACAACGCUCCCGAAUACGCUCUCCGGCCCGGGUUCCUCUCCACAUUCGCCCUGGCCACUGAUCAGGGCAGCAAGCUGGGCCUCUCCAAAAACAAGAGCAUCAUCUGCUACUACAGCACAUAUCAGAUUGUGCAGUUCAAUCGACUACCACUGGUUAUCAGUUUCAUUGCAUGUAGUAGUGCCAACACAGGUUUGAUAAUCACCCUGGAGAAUGAUCUUGUGCCACUCAUUGAGGAGUUGAGACAAGUAGUGGAGGUUGCUUAAGGUCACCAUGGUAAUCGCCCAUCGCAGAAUCAAGACUGGAGAACAUCAUGAAUAAUAUUCCUGAAACUCUGUUCCACACACAACACAAACACCCAAAAGAAAGACUUUUCUCUUAACAUGCUGUAUUAUUAUUAUUAUAGUUUAAUUUCCUUCAUCUUUUAUAUAUGAAAGAUGCUCCUCUCUUGCUAUUAAUUUUAGAUUCAUAAAUAGUGUGAUUAUAAUUUUGUAUUCAUUCAAACAAUAUUCAGAAAACAGAAAUGUCAUCAUUUAAUUAUUGUAUUAAAAUAACACAUCCAAGUACUAAGACAUGUAUUCAGCCAAGUGCCCUACAGAAAGCAAGGUUACUUAGAAACCGUAAAAUAUUAAACUUAUGCUAGCUCUGCAAAACAGUCCUCAGUGCUCUGCUGAAUGUAUGUUCUAGUCAUGGUGUAGUCACAUUUAAUGAUAUACUAAUACAACUCAUAAUGUCACAAUACCAGCCACAUUAACUAUUAAUAUAGCCUGAAGUCAAGUUGCUAUCUUCAAUUUAAAACUUGCAGUACAGGAAUAUUCUGCUUCUUCUCUUCCCACUGUCAUCGUCCCUUUCUAAUCUGUGACUGAAAACAAAUGGUAAUAGAGUUCUUUAUAAGCAUUUUUUUUGUUAAGGUAAUGUUUUAUUUGUCACCAUCAGAAUGUAACUUCUGUACAAUUAAGGAGACAACACCAGAUGAUGUGCUUGCAUUGUAGCCAGUCUACAGAUUAUGAGGCAACUCACCAGUUUCCAUUGUAAUAUCUUGAUCCAUUCAUCUGCCUCCACACCAGUCUUGGCACACAGAUAAAAUAUCCUUUCUGGGAACACUAGACUAAGAAGACACAGUAUUAGUACUGAAUGGCAACUAACCCAUUUCAGCAACCCAGAACUGGGAAUACAAAUAUCAGAUAAGUCGCUGGUAUAGUAAGAUGGCGUAAGAGGCAAUCAAAUAAUUGUGUUAGGCAUAAAUUAACUGUAGCAAUGUCAUCCAGGCAAUUCAAAACUUUUUAACAGUUCUUGGUUUGCAUUACACGUAGCAUUAAAUUUGAAAAAAAGCAUGCAAGUGGACUGGGUAAACAUACUCAUACUUAAAAAACAGUCCUUUAUGUUAUAUGCUUUCAUUAUUGCACCGUAGCUUGAAUAACUAAUUAUUGUUAUAACAAAAAGCAUCUUGGAAGAGUAGGGUAUUUGUUUAUUUGAUCUGUUAGUGAUACUUCUCUUUUUUUUCUGCCACUGUGUCAAUAUUUCAUCUUUCUCCCAGAGGAAGUGAAACCAACUGAUCUGUGUAGAAAGCUGCUUCAUAUAAAUACAGUCUGAAACCUAAUUAUAAUUAUUGGAUGUACCGUACACAGAAUUUGUUGUCGGGUUAGGGUUAGAGUUAACUAUACUACUAUAACUAUCCAUGAUACUUUGUUUAAAAUGGUUUAUUUCCAUUUACUAAUCCUUUAUUACUUAAUUAUACUAUAUAUUAAGCCUCUAUUAAAGGCCUUAAACAUAAUGCUUACCAUGAUAUCAAAAGGUUGUUUUCUGAUAUUAUUUGGGACCCAAGUGACACUACGCCCUCCCCCCCCACAUCCACAGUGUUUAUAGCUCUAUUAUACAUAGUGUCUACAAACAAAACCAUUAAAUAGGAAACUUCUAGAAUUGUUUGUUUUGUAAACUAUACCAGGUACAGGUAAACUAUACCAGUACAGGUAAUGUUUACAAUGUAGUGUAUACAUUGUAAACAUUGCCUUCAAACUCCCUGCUGAUAUUGUUGUUAAAUGUACAUUUUGCACCACAUUGGCCAAAAAACCUGUUGGUUUUCAAGUCUCAUGACAAUUGUUUUGAUUCAGGUACAACUGGUUACAUUUGGUGAAUGUCUAACAGUGCAUAGAUCAACAUCCCUUCAGAGAACAAUGGUGGCAGAUAGGCUAGAUGAGUAGAAUGGUUGUAGCACAAUGCAGAAAGAUCGAAAGGUAUAACUGCUUUAUAAAAUUGUCAGUGUCACAUGGUAAACAAGCCUUCUUCCUGGCCUCACUGAAGUGACUGAAGAACAACACAGGCAAUUAAUGCCAAAUCUAGGUCUUCAAUGCUGAUUAAAACCGACCCCAAUGUACUCACCUUUGGAAAUGUAUUGCCAAUGUUCUACACCAAUAUGGAACUAUGGAAACAUUCAGUCAUUCUAGUUAUUUAAAUCUCACCAGUUAACACAGAACAUACUGAGCUCUUCCCACUCACCAAAAGCAGUUCACUCUGUCCUGCGUGUAGUCAAACUGGACCGCAGAGCAGGCCGUCAGGUCCAGGGUGCGAAUGGGCUCGUCUAACUACAGGAAGGCCCCCACAUCAGAGAGACAGUUGUUUUUUUGUUGUAAACAUUUUAAAUACAAUAAUGUACCAACCCCAGUGUGUCUUGGGUUAGGGUUACAGUACAGCAUUUAUGUAAUAGUCACACACCGUCUGGUGUUUAGUAGCUAUAUUGAUAUCACCGAAUAUCACUACAUUGACUAUGGCAAUGAUAACUGCAAUUCAGAGACUAAAAUCGUAUUGUAGAAAACAGCAGUACUGGAGGGUGUUGCUGAGAAACUGGCAAGACUCACCAUUUUGUCUUUGAAGUAUUUAAGUUCAUAUCUGUUUAAUGUAAACCAUCUCUGUUUCCAAUUCUGUAGAAAAUGAACAUGCUCUCACCCACGCAAUACACAUUUUCUACCUGUGUGCUCAAUAAUUCCACGUGUCAAAUUUUCGUUCACAUGGAAUAAGGAUUAAAAAACUAAAAACCCUU